AGUGGUGGUUCUAUUGUAAGUGCUGAGGCAGUAUGGGAUCACGUCACCAUGGCCAACCGGGAGUUGGCGUUUAAAGCAGGAGACGUUAUCAAGGUCCUGGAUGCUUCCAACAAGGACUGGUGGUGGGGUCAGAUCGAUGAUGAAGAAGGAUGGUUUCCCGCCAGCUUCGUGAGGCUAUGGGUAAACCAAGAAGAUGGAGUGGAGGAGGGAACCAGCGAUGUGCAGAAUGGCCAUUUGGAUCCAAGCGCCGACUGCCUCUGUCUCGGCAGGGACGGCAGGACCGUUCAGAACCGAGACCAGAUGAGAGCCAACGUCAUCAAUGAAAUCAUGAGCACGGAGCGCCACUACAUCAAGCACCUCAAGGACAUUUGCGAGGGUUACUUAAAGCAGUGCCGGAAGAGGAGGGAUAUGUUCAGUGAUGAACAGCUAAAAAUCAUCUUUGGUAACAUCGAAGAUAUCUACAGAUUUCAGAUGGGUUUUGUCCGGGACUUGGAGAAACAGUACAACAACGAGGACCCCCAUCUCAGUGAAAUCGGACCAUGUUUCCUUGAACACCAAGAUGGCUUCUGGAUCUACUCGGAGUACUGUAACAAUCAUUUGGAUGCAUGCAUGGAGCUUUCCAAGCUGAUGAAAGAUAGCAGGUACCAGCAUUUCUUCGAAGCGUGUCGUUUAUUGCAGCAGAUGAUUGAUAUUGCCAUAGACGGUUUCCUUCUGACGCCAGUGCAGAAGAUCUGCAAAUACCCCCUGCAGCUCGCAGAGCUACUGAAGUACACCGCGCAGGAUCACAGUGACUACAGGUAUGUGGCUGCUGCUCUCGCCGUCAUGAGGAAUGUGACUCUACAGAUCAACGAGCGGAAGCGGAGGUUGGAGAACAUUGACAAGAUAGCUCAGUGGCAGGCCUCCGUUCUGGACUGGGAGGGAGACGAUAUCUUGGACCGCAGCUCAGAGUUGAUCUACACGGGAGAGAUGUCCUGGAUUUACCAGCCUUAUGGACGGAACCAGCAGCGUGUUUUCUUUCUCUUUGAUCACCAGAUGGUUCUCUGCAAGAAGGAUCUGAUACGAAGAGAUAUUCUGUAUUACAAAGGUCGCAUAGACAUGGAUAAAUAUGAAGUGGUGGAUAUAGAAGACGGGAGAGAUGACGACUUCAAUGUCAGCAUGAAGAAUGCCUUCAAACUUCAUAACAAGGAGACUGAGGAAAUGCACUUAUUCUUUGCCAAGAAACUGGAGGAGAAGUUACGAUGGCUUAGAGCUUUCAGAGAAGAAAGGAAGAUGGUAAAAGAAGAUGAAAAGAUAGGCUUUGAAAUUUCUGAAAAUCAAAAGCGGCAAGCGGCAAUGACAGUAAAGAAAGUCAGUAAGCAAAAAGGUGUGAGCUACUCCAAGUCGGUUCCUCCAGCCUACCCACCACCCCAGGAUCCAUUAAAUCAGGGACAAUACAUGGUGACAGAUGGCAUAUCCCAGUCCCAGGUCUUCGAGUUCACCGAACCCAGACGCAGCCAGGCACCAUUCUGGCAAAACUUCAGCAGGUUAACACCAUUCAAAAAAUAAUACCUAGAGAGAUGGAGAAUUUUAACUUAAAAGAACUAAAAUUU